AUGGGUGCUGAACUCAGCAAAGCGGUCGAUCCCAUCAAAGCAAUUGCAGUCGCAGGAGAAAACUUUCAGGCGGAUCAAGUGAUGAAAGACAUCGGAGUGAACACGCAAUUCAAUGCCAAAACACUGGACAGCAAAGCGAACCUUUCCUACCAGGAGAAUUUUCCUGAUCACGUCAUCCACAUGUUCAACGACAAAGUCCGGACCACUAGCGAGUGUGAACCGGAAAGAUUGCACUACUUUGCUGUCUAUCACCCCGGUUCUGAAACGUUCGCGGCUAUUCAAAAUCAAUUGUAUGAGAGGAAGGAGUUUAUUGGAUGCUUCAACGACUUGAAUGAACUCGGUACUUCACUUGUUUGGACCCGGCAGUCAGUUGGACGGAAGGCCAUCUUGCACGUGCUACUUCCAUCUGGCCAUAAGUAUCGCAUUGACAACACAAUUCAUAUACCGCCAGGCAUCCUGCCUCUACGUAUCUACGGUCAGACUCACUUAGAUGGCGAGCCUUAUGUGUCUGCAAAGUUCGACGUCAAGGGAGAUUUCAGAUCCACAGGGCUGGAGAUGAUGUUUCGGGGUAGAGAACGGCUAGCCGCGAACUCACUUGCCACAAUUGCCGGGUCCUCGGCUGGUAGCGCGUUAAUCUUGGUCAGUGGGGUAUUAUUCUUUACCCCAGCAGCACCUCUUGGUUUAGUGGGUAUUUUGGCAACCCCGGUCGCGGCAUACUUUAUCGGAAAGGCUUGCAAAGACAGUGUGAAAUCAGAUAUGAUGAAGAAGAAGGUCGGAAGGAUUGGCUGUAGUCGAACAAGUUAA